AUGGCAGUCGAACAUGAGGCAUCCGAGGAGGUGAUAGGAAAAAUGAGACAGAAGGUGUUAGCUGCCAGUACCUCCCUGCCAGCAAAGUACAGAGCCCUUUUUGCUCUUCGCAACCUGAAAGGCCCAUCGGCAGAAGCAGCCUUGAUUUCUGCCUUGCAGGAUGAGUCUGCGCUGUUUCGUCAUGAGGUCGCCUACUGCUUGGGUCAGCGCCAGGACCCCGCUGCGAUAGCCACUCUCACUGGCAUCUUGGUGGACCAGCAUGAACAUCCUAUGGUCCGCCAUGAGGCUGGGGAGGCACUGGGGGCGAUCGGGACUCCAGAAUGCUUUGAUCUGCUGCGGGACUUCAGCGGUGAUCCAUGCCUGGAAGUAGCCCAGACCUGCCAGCUGGCCCUGCAGCGCAUUCAGCACUAUGCAGAGGCUGCCAGCAACAGCGACUCCUCACCAUACCUUUCAGUGGAUCCAGCCCCGGCAGCCCCUCUGAGCACGCCCACGGCUGAUCUGCGCAGCUUGUUGCUGGAUGAAGAUGCCCCCAUCUUCAAGCGAUACACCGCCCUUUUUGCUCUGCGCAACAAGGGCGGCAGGGACGAGGUGGCUGCGUUGGAGGACUCUCUCAGGAGUGACAGCGCUCUGCUCAAGCACGAGGUGGCAUAUGUUCUCGGCCAAGUCCAGGAUCCUGCUGCCAUCAAUGCCCUAGAGCAGGUUUUGCGGGAUGCUUCAGAGAAUGCCAUGGUGCGCCAUGAAGCUGCAGAAGCUCUAGGGUCAAUCGCUGACCGGCGGUGUGUGAAGCUGCUGGAAGACUUCAGCACUGACCCUGAGCCCAUAGUGGCCCACAGCUGCAUAGUCGCGCUGGACAUGCUUGCCCAUGAAGAGUCUGGAGAUUUCCAGUAUGCAGAUUCAGGCCACACUGUACAGAACAGCCCUUCCGUCACAGUGUGCUGA